AUAAACAAACGGAAUUGCACUUUUGUAACGUUCAGGAAGCAGAACUGCAAAAUAAGAGACACAAGCAAAAACUAACAUUUUAUUCUAUAGAUCACUCUCUAACAUGUCUGAUUCACCAACUACGGCCAGUUAUUUCAAUAUCUUCAUUACUGGUCAAUUGGAAGCAAUGGAAUUUCCAUUAGGUCCAAAUGCAGCAGAAGUGUUUUGUCGCUAUGAAAUUGUGUACGGUCCGGAUUGGGAGUUGGUAUCCGGUGUACAAAGUGGUAUUUCGCAAACGGCAUCGAAUAGGAGUGGUUACUUUAAAGAUAAAAUAAUAUUCAACUUUCCUUUAGAGUGGACUUUUAAGAGUACAACACCUUUUGGUUGGCCACAAUUGAUUGUUUGUAUAUAUGGCAAAACACGUUGGGGUGCGGAAACAUCGUUGGGUUAUAGUCGUAUAAAUUUGCCGGUAUUUGGUUCGAAUGCCAACAACCCUAUAGUCACUCCUAUACUUUGUCCACAAAACAGCAAUAUGGUGUCCGAGCUUGCCAGUUGGAUAACUGGACGUAAUCCUGAAUUAAAAGACCCAAAGGCGUUAUUAAGCAAUGGCAAGUUGAAAGGCAUUUCAGCGGAGUCUUAUGGUGAGGUCAUCUUCAAACUUGCAACUAUAUUGAGAGGUACCGAUCGGUUAGGUUACGAUUGGGGUUGAAGCUUUUAAACUUCAAAGCUACUUUCAAGAUAACUUUGGA